AUGAUUUCCUCACUCCUUGUUCUUGGUUAUGCGGCUCUCGCUGCCGCCCAUGGUGAUCACGGUCAGAAGUCUCUAUCGGGACCUCAUGAAUCUUUGUGGUACAACACUCUGCCUGGUGAUGGAGGAAAACAGGCGGACUCCGUCUUCUCGGGCAUCUCCACUUUCGGGCGGCUGCCGUACCAGCCUUGUCUGAGCAUGCGUGAUGCCGAGUAUGAUAUUGCAUUCAUUGGUGCUCCCUUCGACACCGGCACAUCCUACCGACCCGGAGCUCGAUUCGGACCAUCGGGUAUCCGUCAAGGAUCGCGUCGCUUGAACCUAUAUGGCGGCUACAACGUGCCGCUGGCCACGAACCCUUUCGAUAGCUGGGCUACGGUUCUUGAUUGCGGUGAUAUCCCCGUGACCUCAUAUGAUAACACUUGGGCUUUGAAGCAGAUUGAAGAAGGACACUAUCACAUCUUGUCCAGAGACCCCAAGACCAACGCCAAGAAGGCUGGUCUUUCGAAGAAGGGCAAGACGCUUCCUCGUGUCAUCACCUUGGGUGGUGAUCACACCAUUACGUUGCCUCUGCUACGCUCAAUCAACCGUGCCUAUGGCCCAGUGUCAGUCGUACACUUUGAUAGCCAUCUUGAUACAUGGAGACCAAAGGUCUUUGGAGGCUCACCCUCCGAGGUGGCAAGCAUCAACCACGGAACCUACUUUUACCACGCAGCAAUGGAGGGACUUUUGCGCAACGACUCCAACAUCCACGCCGGCAUCCGCACGACGCUCAGUGGGCCCAGCGACUAUGAGAAUGACGGCUACUGCGGCUUUGAGAUUGUCGAAGCCCGCGAGGUCGACACCAUUGGCACCGACGGCAUCAUCAAGAAGAUUAUCGACCGCGUCGGUACCACCAACCCCGUCUACCUGUCGCUCGAUAUCGACACGCUCGACCCGGCUUUUGCCCCCGCUACCGGUACCCCCGAGACUGGCGGAUGGAGCACCAGAGAGCUGAGAACCAUCCUGCGUGGACUGGAGGACCUGAACCUCAUUGGCGCUGAUGUUGUAGAGGUCGCGCCCGCCUACGACACAAAUGCCGAGCACACCACCAUGGCUGCUGCCGACGCUCUGUAUGAAAUCAUGAGUAUCAUGGUCAAGAAGGGACCUCUAAGCUUGGAUAUUGAGGAUGUCGAGACCGAAUUGUAG